GAGGAGGAAGGUCCGGACCGACGGUCGUCCACCUCCUCCCUGCCCCCCUGCUCGUCCCCUUCCUCCUUGUCAGCCUCCUGCUGCCGCUCAGCCUCGUCGACCUGUUCCGCCCCCGCACCCUACCGAGGACUCUUGUGCAGCUCCCGGCGCCCUCCUCCGUGACCACUCCGCUCCACUCUGGCUCCAGGCGAAACUCUCUCGGUGCCCCGCCCGCGCUCGCACGCCCCCCGCCGACCGCCGCUCCCGCGAUCCGUCGGGGCCAUGGGCAUCUCGCGCGACUCCCGCCACAAGCACCGCAAGACCGGCGGCCGCAGAAACAUCCACCAGAAGAAGCGCAAGUACGAGAUGGGCCGGCCGUGGGCCCACUGCAAGCUGGGCUCCAAGCGCGUGCGCCCGGUGCGCGGCCGCGGGGGCAACAUGAAGUACCGCGCCCUCCGCCUGGACAGCGGCAAUUUCGCGUGGGGGACCGAGAACAGCACCAAGAAGGUUCGCGUCCUGGACGUCGUCUACAACGCCAGCAGCAACGAGCUCGUGCGUACGAAGACCCUCGUGAAGAACGCAAUAGUGCAGAUCGAUGCGCAGCCCUUCAAGCAGUAUUACCUCAAGAAGUACGGCGUAGACCUCGGCAAGAAGGUCAAGGGGGCCCCCGUCAAGAAGGAGGGCGAGGAGGAGGUCAAGAGGAGCCACCACGUCAUGGCGAAGCAGAAGUACCUGGCGUCGAAGCAGAAGCUGGACCCAGGCGUGGAGGACCAGUUCCAGAGCGGCCGGCUGCUCGCGUGCAUCGCCUCCCGCCCGGGGCAGAGCGGCCGUUGCGACGGUUACGUCCUCGAGGGUGACGAGCUGACGUUCUACAAGAGGAAGCUCGAGAAGAAGAAGAAGCAGUGAGAGGGCCCUGGCGCGCGGCAUUACGGCGGUGUGGCUCGGAGAGAGCUCCGGAGAGGAUGGUCGAAGAGGAGGAGCAGGGCACGGAUGGUCGAAGAGGAUGGUCGG